AUGCCUCCCAAAAAUGUGACCAGGUCGAAAGAGACGAACAUAUGGUGGAAAAUGUAUUGGCCAAAGACGACUCCUAUAAUACCAAAGGCAAAGAGAGUGAGGAAACCCUUCAGGUUUAAGAUAGGGGAUCGUGUGCGGAUUAGUCAUCUACGAAACGUCUUUACUCGCGAAUAUGAUGAGAAGUGGUCAGGGGAGAUAUUUGUCGUUUCCGAGAGACAUUUAAGAGGAGGAUUGCCCAUAUGCAGACUCAAAGACUAUUUAAACGAAGAAAUCAAAGGAACUUUUUAUCAAAAUGAACUGCAAAAAGUGGACGUUCGUGAAGAUGACGUGUUUAAGGUAGAAAAGAUCAUAAAAACAAAAGGCCGAGGAGACAAUAAACAGUACCUUGUAAAAUGGUUACACUGGCCUUCCAAAUUUAAUUCAUGGGUCAAUGCCAAUGAUAUACAAACUUAUAGUUGA